AUGUUAUCAUUGAAUCCCUUCCCGCCGUCUUACUCACAACUUACCACAUCCUUUUUUCCUUUUCCCUCUCACCAGAGAACGAACGAACGGGCGAGCGAGCGAACGAACCGAAGUGUGAUAAAACAUUAUUAUUAUUUUUUAUUUUUUCUCCAUUUCUUUCUCCAAGCGAAGGCUAUUUUCUUUCAACUCGAGAAAGUUAGAACGUCAAAAAACAAAACAAAAAAAAAACGCAUUAGUCAAAUAAUAAUCCUGCAUCCCCGAUCCAUAAACUACCCCCCCCACCCCGACAGGACAGGAGAGCACAGGAACAGGCACUUCUCUUACCCAGAGCUUUCGAGAACAACGAAAGGCAAAGUAAGCCAUUUUUAUAAAAUGCAGCAGUCAACGCUCGCUCCGGCUCCUCAUCCUCUGCAGUCGCCUAGCGCACAGGAAGCAGCGAAUACCGCAGAGCAGACUCUUCGUGCACAUCUGCUCCCGCACAUCCACUCUCCCCAACAACAACAGCAGCAGCAGCAGCAGCAGGUCCAGCAGCAGGUCCAACAGCAACAGCAAAACGUCACAAGCCCUGAUAACAAACCGACCGACUCGGCAAGUCCUGACCUCAACAUCGAUCCAGCUAUCAGUGGCGUCGGCGCUUCCGGGGGCGUGAGUAGUGUUCCGCAGAGUCCAGGCUUAACGACGAUGGCGAUUCAGGGCAUGUCUCCGGGCUCACAGGCGGCGAUGGAACAGCAUAGCGGUGCAGAGGAGACGCAGGCGGAGGGAUCUUCUGCCGGCAGGGGCCGCGGUGGGAAACGCGAAUUGUCAACGAGUAAGCGGGCCGCGCAAAACCGUGCUGCGCAGAGAGCUUUCCGCCAACGCAAGGAAGGCUACAUCAAAAAGCUGGAAGAACAGGUUAGAGACUUCAACCAGAUGCAAGAAUCCUACAAACAGAUACAGGCCGAGAACUAUCAACUCCGCGACUACAUCAUCAACCUGCAAUCCCGCUUAAUAGAGCACCAAGGCGAAGAAGCUGUCCCACCGCCACCCCUACCACUACUAGGCUCUUCCUCCUCUACCACCAGCGCCAUCCCCCUACCGACCACCACCACCACUCCCGCCCUCCCCCCACAGCAGCAACAGCAGCCCCCACACCCACCGCUCACAGACCCCUCCGCGCCAACAGCAAACAUGGGUACCGUCGUCGAACUCUCCAGCAAUUCAGCAGCUAAUCCCCCAGCGAGUAAUCCUGUGGGUGCGAAGCGCGCGCACGAGGACGACGCGGCGAAUGCAUUUCUGCAGGGUGUCGCGGCAGCCGGAAACGGGUUUUUGCAAGCGCAGCAAGUGGCUGCUGCGGCUGUAAUCACUGGAACCGGAACUGGGGCUGGAAGUGGUGGUGGUGGUGGUGGUGGUGGUGGGGGCAAGAGGCUGAAGAAUGGGGAUGAGAGUGGUGUUAAUGGCGCCUAGCCUUGGAGACUCUGUGAAGAUUUUGGAGAGGAGUUGAGUUGGCAGUGGUGGACGGACUUUUUUUUUUUCCUCUUUCUUCUCGUUUCCUUUUGUUUUGCUCGGUUUUUCUAUCUCUUCCCUUUUCUUUUCUGGUCUGUUGGUAUGUAAUUGCUGAUACUGAAGGUGGGACGACUGGUUGGCUGAUUAGGAUGGGAUGGGAUGGGACAGGACAGGAUGAGGUAGGAUGGGAUGGACGGAAUAGUCACGGAAUGGAAUGAAAUGGAUUGGAGUAGAAUGGAUGCAUAUGAAGUGAUGUCAGUGCAACAAGGAACAGACAACGACGGCGGGCGAUAAUUGGUACAUACAAAGUUCCUUUUUUUUCUUCUUCUCCCUUUCCCUUCGUUUGCUUCUUCAUACCUCUAUGGUAUGGAUGAAUGUGAACGACGAUGGGAGAAUGAAGGAAGAGGUAUCUCAUUUGUUGGCGCAGUUUUUAUUAUUAUUAUUAUUACGAAAUGUAUUGAUUUUAUUAUUGUGGACUUGAAUCCUCCCCUUUAUAUUCCUUCCAGCACGGAUUCAGUUUUGGGCAUUGGGUUGAAUGUGAUGUGAGAGCGAGUGAUAAUUUGUGCGUUUGUAGAGUACAAUUUUAGGGUGGGGUUAUGGACUGUAA